AUGGAUCCCAGUCACGUGGAACCACAAGAAGAGGUUCAGCCCCAAGAGGGAGAUGUCCCUGAACUAUUAGAAAAUCCGUUUAAUACAACACAUUCAGAUGAAAAUCCCGAAACUAGGCGAGUACGUGACCUCACGGAAAAAGGAAAAGGAGCUUUCACAGAAAAACGUGACAAGUUCUGUCAGGAACAAGAGGCUCUCUGGACAGACAUUGAAUCCCAGUUAUUGGAAGUCACCACGCCUCCUAACGAGCUCCAGCAACUCCUGACAGCCCAGGACAAACUCGUUAAAGCCUGUAAUAAUUAUCGUAGGCUCACAGAUGAAUUCCUGGACUUUCUGAAAAGGACCAGAACAUCGGAGAGUCAAAAAGAAAUAGAAUCAUGUAAUCUCUCAUUGGAUUUUCGUCUGUCCAAAGUGGAACUGGUUAUGGAAAAACUACACGAGCAUCGCCUCGCCCUAACAAAGGCCAAAUCCACUAAAACAAAGACAUCAAAGGAUAAGAAAACCUCACACAGCGGUAGCUCUAACGUGUCAGACAUGUCAAGCCUAGCACGGAGAAAGCGUGCCAAGGCAGAGGCUGCCAAGUCUAAAAUAGCCUUUGUCGAAAAACAUGCCCUUAUCCUACAUCACGAGGCAAUGUUAGAGGAACAAGCCCUGUUCAGACAAAUUGAAAUGGAACAGGAAGCAGCACGCAAAAAGGCUGAAAUGGAACAGGAAGCCACACGUAAAAAGGCAGAAAUGGAGCAAGACGUCGCUCAACGUAAAGUUCAACUAGAACAGGAGGCCGCUCACAGAAAAGUGCAAUUAGAACAAGAGGCCAUGCGCAGGAAGGCUAAAAUGCAACAAGAAGCCGCACGAGUAAGCCGGGAAAAGGCCGAGCUGAAAGCCAAAUUUAACCUUCUUGAAGCACAGAGAGAAGCUGCAGCCGCAGAAGUAGAGGCUCGUAUCCUGGAAUACGACGACAGCCAAGCAUUUAGCGAUCUCCCUGAUGAAACGGAAGACCCUCUCCAGCGUGUGGAAGACUUCGUCAAUAAGCAUCCUGUACCAACUGCUGUACGGGAGGUAACAAGACCUCAAAAGAUAAAGCAAAUUCCUGUUAAGAUUGAGCUGAGUCAUGAAGCACCAGCGAGCCGGGAAUGCAAUGCACGCAUAAGUUGUAAAGAAUGUGGAAGUAAACAACACACUACCGCACUUCACAUAACUAGACCACAGCAACCUGCAAGUUCUCAGUCUAGCUCGCCCAAGGAAGCCUACGGCGGGGAGCCAACAUAA